GAUCAAACAACCCGGAGGGGGUUUUAUUCGUAUUUCUGGGUCUUUAAUCCGGUUAUUUAAUUCACUGAAUUUCGGUGGUGGCUUUAUUUGUCUUGAAGGAAAUAAAGUUUUUAUUUUUGAUUUAUUUAAUUCGUCAUAGCUUGUUGGCUGAAGAUUAAGUUAACUUUAAUACAAAAUUUAAAGAAUUUAUAUUCUAUGUUUGCUUUCUUGCAAUACAUUUCUAUUUAAAUAUUUUAUUUAAUUUGCCUUAAACCGGAAUUAGGUGAACUGCCCUAGAUAUUCAAAUGACUUGGCUUAAACGAAGGUUUUCAGUUGAAGGAUAAAAAAUAGAUUCUGACCGUUUUAGUCUCCAUCCCUGUCCAAAUUUGAAUUCGGUCGAUUGUCGGCGGCAGCCUGCCAAGGCGAACAGCAUUUUGGCCGACUUUAGCCUUCGCUUCGCUGCUAGUUUGAAUUGCUAAUUGUUUUUUUCGGCUUUCGUCAAUUUCAUUUCCAGGCCACUCCUUCUCAUGCCCCGCGGCGUCCCAUCUUUGUGAUCGCCAGCUGCGCCUGCUGCCUCCUCCAAUGCGGAUCUGCCCUUCUCAUCCUGGUGCCCAUCUGGUGCAAUCGCAAAUGCGCGGUCACGUUCCUCAAGAUGCAGUUCUGCGUCUCCACGUCGAGUGUGAUGCUGAUUUACUUGCUGGGUUUCAUGAAAAUGUUGCCAGUGAGCUGGCAUGGCAUCAUUAGCAGCUCGCUGGCCUCGCUGUUGUUGCUGGGCAUCUCGACGCUGAUUGCGAUUGCCUUGGCCAUCCACACGGAGCUGAUGCCGAAAAAGUAUCUACAAAUUGGCAGCAAGCCGGGGACGCCAACUAAGCGCCGCCUCGAGCGGGAACGUGAAGCGGGACAGCGAGAGCGGGAUCGGGAACAGGAGCUGGAGAGCUUGAGCAACAUCACUCAGAUCCGGGCUCAGUCGCCUUUGGGGGCCACCACGGGCUCCUCUUCAGCCGUCUCUGGCUCCUCCUGCAAUCCAGUCCAACGCCGCCAACAACCAAGUUCUACGGCAGGAAUGCGUGGCGCCAUUGGCAUCAGUUGGCUUCUGCCGCUUCUCUUCGCCGUUGCCGCACCGCUAAUCUGCAGCAUCAUUGGACAGUGGCCGCGCCAUUGGUGGCUGGAGGUGGUCUGGAAAGGAUCCCCAACCCCGGAUGCUGCCGCCGGGGGCAAGGAGGAAUCAGAGGAGUCCGAUUCUGGCGCCUUCUAUUCAACCCACUCGCUACUCAAUGGAGAUAAUUUACUGCUCGAAUCAGAGGCACUGAUGGGAAAUGGGACGAGCAGCCCGCCGACAGAGACAUCAUCAUCCACAACUCAGUCGGUCGAUGAUGAUGCGGCUACGUCAACGUCAUCAAUCACGGGAAUAGGAACUGCAAGUAACAGUGGAUUCAGUGCCUCUUGGAGGAAUGGUGCAAGCAGCACCUCCACUUCCGUUUCCUCGCUGGCUGCGCCUCUAACUUCCGGUCUGAGUGACGCUUCGACAGCGCCAUCGCCCUCCUUGAGCUUCAUUCUGUUCGUCUGCAUCGAUUUGCUCUUCAUCCUGCUCUUCUUUGCCCUGUUUGCCAUUUUAAUGAAGAAACUUUUGUGGUUGUGGCACAAGAAUCGCAAUGUGCAUACGCAUCCGUUGGAUAAAUUCAAUCUGGCUUUGAGCAGGCGAUUCGGAUUACUGUACCGGGCGGGCGGACUGCUCCUGGCCAAAAUCUGCAGCGAUGGACUCUUCAUCGCUUAUGUUAAUUCAUCACCGGAUACUUUGUGGGCAUAUCCGUUCGGCAUAUCGUGCAUAUUAUUGGGCUCGGCCAUCCUCAUCUGUUUCGUCAUCAAGGCCGAGAGCCAGCUGCGUGGACCACCCUUCCUUAGCAGCAACGGGAGCAGUCAAAACAGCUCGCUGAAGCAGGCCAAAUUCAACACGAGCAGGAGCAGUCUGGACGAGAACUACUGCACCACUACGACGACGGCUAAUGUGAAUAGUCCACUGAGCUUCUACACUAACCACGACAAAGAGAAGGAGAACGACUGUGCCGUGUCCUUGUCAAUGUCCAAUGCAGGCGUGUCCACCGCAGCAGUCGGAUCCUUGGCCUCGUCAGUUGGCGGCGGCGCCCCGCCCUUGCAAUCGAAAGUGGGCCUGGAACUGUCCGGACCACCGGGAUCCGGUGUUCCACUGCCGUUGACAAUCAUCUCGACGGCGCCGCGCUGCCAGGCAGGACCAGAUGGCACAGUGGAGACCUUCCUGGGUGACCGCCAGACCCUCUCUGUGGCUCCAUCGCCGGACACACGUUGCUGCGCCAUAUUGGGCGGCGGAACUGCGUACGAUGCGUACACCAUGGGUAUGGGCGUAAACGUGGGAGUGGGCGGUCUCACAGGAAGCUUGGGUAGGCGAACGUUGCAUCAGCAACCGACUCAUUAUCGCCCAGGACCCUGUGGCGAGUUUGUGGGCGUUGAGACGCUCGAUAUCCUGCAGGGCGUGGCAGCCGACAGUAUAAUUGGCAUUCACACCAGUGCCAUAAUGCCCACUGCCACAAGCACUUCUCAUUAUGUUCCGCUGCAGCAUAAUCCCUACGUGGACUUUGUGCCCAGUUCUCUAAUCCUGAGCAUGGCUCCACCCCCGACCAUAAGCGGAAACCUGAGUGGACCAGCGAUACCGACGCUUCCUGCAAUGUCCCUGCCCACCCAGACACCGAAGACGCAGAAACGAGUGACCAUCCUGGAGCCGACGUCCCGCACGACCUUCGACCCCCUGCUGCCCACCAUGGUGGCGGCCGUCGUCUCUACUUCGACUGUCACCAGCACGGCGACCACGACCCCAGCCACGCCCACUCCCACGCAAAGUGGCUGCGGCGGUAAUGAUGCAACGCUGGAUCGUAUCACCCUCGAUCUAGACUACUUGCUGAAUAGGGGAGCUGUUGAUGCUACGGAGGGCGGAGGCGGAAUGCCACCACCACCAUCACUGCCCACCAGUGAUGACAGCCAGCAAAAACAAUAGCAAUAAUGUGUAAGUUGGGAGACAUUUGUUGGCCAAUACCGACACUAAGAUGCAUUUAAGAGGCUUCGUUUUUCUAUUUAAAGAUGUAAAUAUAUGUAAAUCAAAUUUCCAAACUAAACUACAGUAGAAAUCUCUGUGAAUAUUCAUGUACGUAUGCAUCAGAUAUGCCUAAUCUGGAUAACAAUCAGUUAAACUCCUGAUUUUAAACCAAUUCUUUAUCAAAAAUGCCCAUCCAGUCUUAGUUUUCGUUGAGCUUGCCAGAUUCUGGCUGAGAUCAAGUGGUACUUUUAGUUCUAUCAAUCCAUGAAAUUAUCAAAGUUAAUGUCUGUUAAAGUGAUUUUAACAUCAAUCAUACACUAGACUCAUAUUUAGAAUACAAAUUAAACUUUAUGUCAUUGCAUAUGUAAACAAAUUGAAUGAAUUUAAACUAAUGAUAACUUUUUAGCUAGAUUUACAAAAAGCCUAUUGAACGGAAAACAAUGAAAAUGAAAAAUUUAAGAGCGAGAACACAGUAUGGUGUGUGACAUGUUUUUGAUUCCAUUUAAAGUUUCCUAGUAUUAAAGCAAAUUAAGCCCCUAUUAAGGAAGAAAGAUUAAAAGAAAAACCUACAAAAUACAAUAAUUGUAAAACUAAUAAACAUAACAGGACUAUUUCUGGAACAAAACAAAUUAUACAGAUAUAUCUUUAAAUAAACUCAAGACUCUUGUUAGAAAAUCUAUGAAAUUUCGUGUUAAUUCUUGUA